AUGGAUCUGGAAAUAUCAAUGGAGGACCAAUUCUCCAAGCUACAUCCUUCCUUGCCAGUAAACACCAGAAUUGGAAUAGUGGGAGCUGGUCCAAGUGGCAUAUCAGCUGCUUAUGCACUGGCUAGACUUGGUUAUAAUAAUAUAACUGUCUUGGAGAAACAUCAUUCAGUUGGUGGCAUGUGUGAAUCAGUAGAAAUUGAAGGAAAAGUUUAUGAUCUUGGUGGGCAAGUUCUGGCUGCAAGCAGUGCUCCAGUCAUCUUUCAAUUGGCAAAAGAGACAAGCUCUCCACUAGAAGAAAUGGAUUCCCACAAACUUGCUGUUAUUAACAGCUCUGGACAAUAUCAUGAUAUUAAAGUUGCUGAUGAUUAUGUAUCUGUUAUGUCACUCACGUUGGGAAUCCAAGAAAAGGUGAAGAAUUCUGGUCGUUUUGGGGUCCAUGCUGUUAGUGAAGUUGCUUCAGACUUGACUUUAGAUUAUCUGGAGCAUCAUGGACUCAAAUCUGUUCCUAAAUCUGUGGCUUAUGGUUACACUGCUUCAGGAUAUGGAUUCAUUCAAGACAUGCCUUAUGCCUACAUUCAUGAAUUUACCAGAACGUCCAUGGCAGGAAAAAUUAGAAGAUUUAAAGGUGGAUAUACAAGUCUUUGGCAGAGGAUUGUUGAAUCACUUCCUGUAAAACUUCACUAUAACACUGAAGUGUUGGCAAUCAAGCGCAACUCUGACAGUGUCACUGUUAAUGUCAAGAGCUCAAAUGAAAUUGAGACUGUGGAAUUUGAUAAGAUCAUAAUAUCUGGUAACUUUCCAUUAAAAUAUGGAAGAACUUACAGAUCGGUGCCUUCAACUUGCAUAGGGUGUGAAACAGAAGUAAUGGAUGCAAGUGACCUUGAAAAGGAUUUGUUCAGCAAAGUAGAGACAAAUGAUUAUUACACCACUGUUUUAAAGAUCAAAGGGUUGGAACAUAUCCCUGUUGGAUUUUAUUAUUUUAAUGAAUAUAUGGAAGAUCCAAGCACAAUUGGAAAUCCAGUUGCAAUGCAGAAGUUUUAUGCUGAAAGUAACAUAUUCUUGUUCUGGUCCUAUGGCAACUCCGAUGAUGUUAAGGGUCCAAUUGUCACUAAGCUUGCAAUCAGCAAUGUAGAAUCCAUGGGGGGAGAAGUUGAGAAUGUCAUUCUUCAACGUCGCUUUAAGUAUUUUCCUCAUGUUAGCAGCCAAGGUAUUUAA